ACAAGUAAUAAAAACAUCUUAAAAUCAUUAAAACAUGACAGCUGUACUAAGACAAUUUUUUUGGUUCUUAAAGUUAAACACACUUUUCUCAAGAUGGGGGGAUUCUUCAGAACUGCAGCAAUUACACAAAAAUGGUCGAAUUAUAGGGGGUCAGGAAGCGAGAGCUGGUCAACUGCCAUUUGCUGCUGCCAUUUACAUCACCACCAGCGACGGUUCAUACUUUUGUGGAGGCACGCUAAUAAGUGACCAAUGGAUUUUAAUUGCCGGUCAGUGUGUUAACAGUGCAAUUUUAUUAACUAUCCAUUUAGGAGCUACAAACUUAGUUGGAGAUGACCCUAAUCGUAUAAUUGUCGCUACUUCUGAAUACAUUAUCCACCCAGAUUUUAAUUCUGAAACACUCGACAAUGACAUAGCUCUUAUUAAACUGCGAUUACCCAUUGAAUUUACUGGUUAUAUCAAACCAAUUGAUUAUUUGGCAACCCAUACGCUACCGGUUGGUGACAGAAGCGUUUCAAUUGGUUGGGGCCACACAAGUGACGAAGCAGCAGAACUUUCCAAUCAAUUACAAUGGGCCAAUGUGAUAAGCAUAUCGAACGAUCAGUGUAAAAUAUACUACGGCAACCAAAUUACUGAAACCAUGGUCUGUAUUGAAGGGAUUUAUUACAAUGAGGGCACAUGCAUGGGUGACAGUGGUGGUCCCUUAAUACAAUAUGUCAGACAAUAUCGGUACCAUGCUGGUGUUGCAAGUUUUUACAGUGCAAAUGGGCGUGAAAGUACCGACCCAUCUGGUUACACAAGAACAUACCCAUAUGUAGAAUGGAUCAAAAAUAUAACUGGAGUAAUAUAACCCCAUUUCGGUUUUUACACUUUUAUUGAAAAUAUUGUAAUAUUACAACAUUAUUGGGUCUUGGCAGCCAA